UUCAAUUCUCAUUGUCUCUAUCUAUUUCUUCCUUCACCUCCGUUUUACACUCUCUCUAGCCUACUUAGACUCUAAACCCUAACCUUUUUCUCUGUCCAUUCAUCACUUUAUUAUAUCAAUCAAUCAAAACAUUUUGAUUUUGAGCCAAAAAAAGAAGAAAUAUAGCCGGUGUUUACCGCCAUGAAAGUACCAGAAACCGACCCUAUCACUUUCUCAACGCACCUGGUCUCUUCGUCGCUUGACCAAAUCCCACUCAUUAACAACUUCAGAGGCAAAUGGGCUAUCAUCAAAACGAAACUCCUCGAUCUCCAAACUCAACUUCAAGAUUUCAGCGACUUUUCAACUGCUACCUCCAAUCCACUCUGUCUCGACCAUCUUUACUCCGUCUCUCACACCCUCAACGAUGCCGUUUCCCUCGCUCAGAAAUGUCAAAGCGUUAAUUUAACAGAAGGCAAGCUCAAGACCCAGAGUGAUAUUGACUCUGUUUUGGCCAAAUUAGAUCGACACGUCAAAGACGGCGACGUUUUGAUUAAAAGUGGGGUUCUCCAAGAUGGUGCCGUUUUGUCAGCUUCUGCUUCGAAGAGGGAGACUGUGAGAGCUGAGUCGAGGAAUUUGAUAACUCGGUUGCAGAUUGGGACCACCGACUCGAAGAACUCGGCGAUGGACGCACUGUUGGCGAUUUUACUAGAAGAUGAUAAGAAUGUAAUGAUAGCAGUGGCUCAAGGUGUGGUACCGGUUCUUGUUAAGUUAUUGGACUCAAGCUCCUUAGAAAUGAAAGAGAAAACCGUUGCUGCGGUUUCUAGGGUUUCGAUGGUUGAUAGUAGCAAACACGUGUUAAUUGCUGAAGGUUUGUUGCUGUUAAAUCACUUGCUUCGUGUUCUUGAAUCGGGAAGUGGGUUUGCAAAAGAAAGAGCUUGUGUUGCUUUACAAGCUUUGAGUUAUUCCAAAGAAAAUGCCAGAGCAAUUGGAUGUAGAGGUGGAAUUUCUUCUUUAUUAGAGAUUUGUCAAGCUGGGACGCCUGGUUCACAGGCUUUUGCAGCUGGGGUUUUGAGGAAUCUUGCUGGGGUUUUUGAAAUAAGGGAUAAUUUUAUGGAGGAGAAUGCUUUUGCGGUGCUUCUUGGCCUUGCGGCUUCUGGGACUGCAAUUGCACAAGAAAAUGCAAUUGGGUGUUUGUGUAAUUUGGUUUCCGAUGAUGAAAGUUUGAAGCUUUUGAUUGUUAAAGAAGGAGGGAUUGAGUCUUUGAAGAAUUAUUGGGAUUCAGUUGCAAAUGAUAGGAGUCUUGAAGUGGCUGUUGAGUUGGUAAGGCAUUUGUCUUCUUGUCAUCCCAUUGCUGAAGUUUUAGUUUCUGAUGGGUUUGUUGUUAGGCUUGUGAAUGCGUUGAAUUCUGAGGUUUUAGGUGUGAGAAUUGCGGCUGCUCGAGCUGUUUAUGAGAUGGGGAUUAGUUCUAAGAUAAGGAAAGAACUGGGUGAAUGUGGGUGCAUUGGACCUUUGAUUAAGAUGCUGGAUCGUAAGGCUGUGGAAGAGAAAGAAGCUUCUGCAAAAGCAUUGUCAACACUUGUGUUGUAUACAGGAAAUAGACGAGUUCUUCGCAAGGAUGAGAGAGGGAUAUUAAGCGUAGUUCAGUUGUUGGAUCCUCUGAUUCAAAAUUUGGAUAAGAAAUACGCCGUUGCUAUAUUGGCUGCUCUUCUUCAUUGUAAGAAGUGUAGGAAACAAAUGGUUGCUGCCGGUGCUAAUGUACACUUGCAGAAACUUGUUGAAAUGGAUGUUGAGGGCGCUAAGAAGCUUUCGGAAAGUCUUGGCCGUGCUAAAAUUUGGGGUGUUUUUGCUCGGCCGUGAAAAUUGAAGAGAUCUUCAACUUAUGGAACAAAUUACAAGGACGAUUCAUUGAUCCAUAUUUAUGAUAAUUGUGUUUACUUUGAUUUCUUGUUUUUUCAUUACUUGUUCUUUUUUGUCCAUAUUGCUUGUUAAUUUGUGUAGUAGUAAAUGUUGCUAGUCAAAUUGCCAAUGAAUACCUUUUAUGUAGAGACAUAAUCUUGGUUUAGUGAUCUAAUUGGAUUGAGAUACUUGUUUUUAACGCAGACGUGGUGAUAA